UUCUCUCCUCCCCCCCCCAUUCCUCCUCCAUCGCCAAAGAAGACGAAGCAACAGAAAGGAAAUCCCCAGCGAUCGAUUCCUUCGUCUUCGCCGCGGCCAUGCCUUCUUCUUUCCAAGAGAUCGUGUCCUCGGCUUUCCUCCUCGCCCUCGUCCUCCUCACCUCUCCCUCCGACGCGAUCCGCUCCUUCCCCACCGCCGCCGCCCGGUUCGCGGAGGCGCCCCAGUUCCGGAACGGCGAUGGCUGCCCGGCCUCCACUUUCCGCGGUUGUGUCACCGCCUGCGACCCCUCCCACGUCCACAUCGCCAUGACCCUCGACUCCCACUACCUCCGCGGUUCCAUCGCCGCCGUCUUCUCCAUCCUCAAGCACGCCUCCUGCCCCGAAUCCAUCUUCUUCCACUUCGUUGCCUCCGCCGGCCCCUCCUCCUCGGACCUCUACCGCACCGUCCGCUCCGUCUUCCCUUCCCUCCGGUUCAAGAUCUAUCCCUUCCAGGAGAAUUUGGUCCGCGGCCUGAUCUCCGCCUCCGUCCGCGAGGCGCUCGAGAACCCCCUCAACUACGCCCGCAACUACCUCGCCGAUCUCCUCGAACCCUGCGUCCAGCGGGUCAUCUACCUCGACUCCGACCUCAUCGUCGUCGACGACAUCCGCCGCCUCUGGGACAUGCACCUCCCUGAGUCGGCGGUCAUCGCCGCGCCGGAGUACUGCCACGCCAACUUCACCCGAUACUUCACGGCGGAGUUCUGGGAGAGCGGGGACGGGCAGAGGACUUUCUUCGGCCGGCGGCGGACACCGUGCUACUUCAAUACCGGGGUGAUGGUGAUGGACAUGGAGCGGUGGCGGGCCGGGGAGUACCGACAGAAGAUCGAGCACUGGAUGAAGAUGCAGCAGAGGAGGCGGUUCUACGAGCUGGGGUCGCUGCCGCCUUUCCUGCUGGUGUUCGCCGGCGAGGUGGAGGGGGUCGACCACCGCUGGAACCAGCACGGCCUCGGCGGCGACAACCUGUCCGGAAACUGCCGGCCGCUCCACCCGGGGCCGGCGAGCCUCAUGCACUGGAGCGGCAAGGGUAAGCCAUGGGCCCGCCUCGACGCCGGCAAGCCCUGCCCUCUCGAUCACCUCUGGGCGCCCUACGAUCUUUACAUCCCGCCGUCCUCGUCCUCCGCUUCCGACUCUUCGGCCGCCGCUCUCUUUUCUUUGUAGAUAACAUCGCUAGAUUCCGUUCCCUUUUUUGGGGGGUGAUCUCGUCACCUCCGCCGGCGCUGUACAGCAAAGAAAGAGAGAGAGCCGCAGUGGAGAUGCAGAAGGCGAGCAUUGAUCUCGUUUGUUCGUUUGGUUCGAUUAUCGGAUUCUUUUUGAUCUGGAUCUAUGUAGGACACUGCUUGAUUACAUCAUUCAUUUUUUUUUUCUUUCUCAUUGAUGUGUAGUUCUCAUUGAUGUGUAGAGAGAGGGAUGAGUUCGAUUGAUUUCUUGUCGAUAAAAAUUUUUUGAGUUUGUUAUCCUUCUUGAAUUCUUUUGGAAAAAAACUAUUUUCAUCCUCUGAUGAUA